GCGGGGUCACCAUGGCAGAGCUGCAGCAACAGCAGGCGCAGGAGGCAGUGAACUCCAUGGUGAAGAGUCUGGAGAGAGAGGACAUCCGGAAGAUGCAGGGUCUCAUGUUCCAGGGCAGCACCAGCUGUUGUGAGGACCACCAGGCAUCCAUGCAGCAGGUGCACCAGAGCAUCGAGUGCUGCCAUGUGCCUCUGGCUCAAGCCCAGGCCUUGGUCACCAGUGAGUUGGAGAAGUUCCAGGACUGCCUGGCCCGGUGCAUCAUGCAUUGCAACGACAAAGCCAAAGAUUCAAUAGAUGCCGGAAGUAAGGAGCUUCAGGUGAAGCAGCAGCUGGACGGUUGUGUGACCAAGUGUGUGGAUGACUACAUGCACCUCAUCCCAACCACAACCGAGAAGAUGAAGGAGGCUCUCUUACGAAUUGGGAAAUAAAAGUCUUU